AUGUCCAGCCUGGUAGGUGGCGGGUUGCCCGCACCGCAUCCCCAGCGCUGUCCGGCCGCGUGGGGGGGGCUCCGUCCUGCGCAGCAGCCCCAUCGCUGCUCCUGCGCCGGGAUGCCAGGCUGGAGGAAGAACCUUGCCUUGUGCCUGCAGCGGAUGCAGGAUGAAGAUGAUGGCCCUUAUUCAAAGGGAAGUAAAGAUUCAGGUGGUGCAGACACAGCCCUGGUCUGCCGAAGGCAAAGUAUUCCAGAGGAGUUCCGAGGGGUCACUAUCGUGGAGCUAAUCAAGAAGGAGGGAAGCACCUUAGGGCUAACCAUCUCUGGUGGCACCGACAAAGAUGGGAAGCCUCGAGUCUCCAACUUGAGGCCUGGUGGACUAGCAGCCAGGGAGGGAUCCCUGAGAAUUGGGGACAGGCUGCUCAGUGUGGAUGGCAUCCCGCUUCACAACCUGACCCAUGCAGAUGCUCUCAACAUCCUUCGACAAUGCAGCCAGGAGGCCCUAUUCCAGAUUGAAUAUGACGUCUCCAUUAUGGAUACGGUAGCCAACGCCUCAGGUCCUUUAUUAGUGGAAAUAGCCAAGACACCGGGCUCUACUCUGGGAAUCUCGCUCACCUCUGGCACCCACAGGAACAAACAGGUCAUUGUGAUUGACAAGAUCAAGCCGGCCAGCGUGGUAGACAGGUGCGGGGCCCUGCACAUUGGCGACCACAUCCUGUCCAUCGAUGGCACCAGUACCGAGCACUGCUCUGUGCUGGAGGCAAUGCAGCUGUUAGCCAGCACCACAGAGAAUGUCAAGUUGGAGAUCCUGCCAGCUCACCAGAGCAGGCUGCCCCUGAAGCCUCCUGAUGCAGUGAAGGUGCAGAAGAGUGACCAUCACCACUGUUGGGACCCCUGUGUCAACUACUGCCCCAGCCACCAUCCCAGCCAUUGCAAGACACCCACCUGGAAUCAGCCCUCCAGCCAGGAUUACUGCAAACCCCUGUCUGCAGCCCCUUUCUCCUCACCGAUGCUGAAUGCUCAUGGCUUCUCUUGCCCAAACUCGAGCACACUACCUCGGAGCACCCAACCCAUGAGCCCCCGGGCGACCAUGAUGAGGAGAAGACAGAGAAAAAAGGAGUACAAAAGUUCACUGUCCCUCGCCUCCAGCACCGUGGGGCCUGGUGGCCAAAUCGUGCACACAGAAACAACAGAUGUGGUCCUUAGGGGUGACCCCCUGAACGGCUUUGGACUCCAGCUCCAGGGUGGAAUCUUCGCCACAGAAACCCUUUCCUCCCCACCGCUCAUCCGCUUCAUUGAGCCCGACAGCCCUGCUGAGAGAUGUGGCCUGCUGCAGGUUGGAGACAGAGUAUUGUCCAUCAACAGCAUUGCCACGGAAGAUGGCACCAUGGAAGAGGCCAACCAGCUCUUGCGGGAUGCAGCCCUAUCAAACAAAGUCUCCCUGGAGAUUGAGUUUGAUGUAGCAGAGUCAGUGAUCCCAAGCAGUGGCACCUUUCAUGUGAAGCUACCCAAGAAAAGAGGAGUGGAGUUGGGAAUAACCAUAAGUUCUGCAAGCAGGAAGCCUGGAGAGCCCUUGAUUAUCUCUGACAUCAAGAAGGGGAGCGUGGCACACAGGACGGGCACACUGGAGCCAGGGGACAAGCUGCUCGCCAUUGACAACAUCCGACUGGACAACUGCUCCAUGGAGGACGCUGUGCAAAUUCUGAGGCAGUGUGAGGACCUAGUGAAACUGAAGAUUAGGAAGGACGAAGACAACUCAGAUGAACAGGAAACAACAGGUGCCAUCAUUUACACAGUGGAGUUGAAGAGGUACGGGGGCCCACUGGGUAUAACUAUCUCAGGGACUGAGGAACCAUUUGAUCCAAUUGUCAUCUCAGGAUUGACCAAGCGAGGACUGGCAGAGAGGACUGGAGCCAUCCACGUUGGUGACCGCAUCUUAGCCAUCAAUAAUGUGAGCCUUAAAGGCAAGCCCCUCAGUGAAGCCAUCCACCUUCUCCAAAUGGCAGGGGAAACAGUCACGUUAAAGAUCAAAAAACAAAUGGAGCGAGGCUCCUACCCGAAGAAGUCAGGGGGGCUGAAUGAAGCCAGUGACACAGAGGAAGAUCUCAGUGAGGCGCAGAAGCCUGGCAAGCUGGCUGAGAUCUACGCCACCACAGUGCCCAGCAUUGAUAGCGCCAUGGAAUCAUGGGAUGGAUCGGGGGCAGAGGGUGGCUAUGGGAGCCAAGGCACGUAUGUACCUCCAGCUGCAGGAAUCAGCCUGCACCCCCAGGAGUGGCGGCCCAGUAGGGUGAAGAGCAGCCCCCCUCCUGGGGAGCCCAGAAAGACCAGCUACCCCUACCCGGACGGGAGCUUCCCUGAGGAUGAAUGGGACAAGCCCACUAGAUUCCCCGGCCGCCACAAUGGCCCGGAGCCCGCUCACGAGGAUAAUUUUUGGCGUGUUUUUGGAGAAGCUCUGGAGGACUUGGAAACAUGCGGCCAGUCUGAGCUUCUGAGGGAGAUUGAGGCUUCCAUCAUGACAGGGAAUGUGCACAGCCUGGGUCUAGACAGCAGCCCUAUGACCUUGGACCCAUCAUCAGGGUCAACUGGACAAAGCCCCUGGUGGAAACAAACCUUCCAGCAGAGGAACCAGGAUCCAAGUGAGGGCCAUGUGGGCCCUACCAAGACAGCUGAGGAAGGCUUGAAAAUGCAGACAGUCAAGGAGGAGAUGCUGGAAAUCAUGUCACCGACUCCUCUCGAAUUAUACAAAUUGACUCUUUGGAAGGACCCAGUAAGUGAAGAUUUCGGCUUCAGCGUCUCUGAUGGCCUGUUGGAGAAAGGUGUCUAUGUCAACAUGAUCCGCCCUGGUGGGCCUGCUGAUCACUGUGGCCUCAAACCGUUUGACCGAGUCCUUCAGGUAAAUCACAUCCGAACUCGAGAUUUUGACUGCUGCCUGACUGUGCCACUCAUCUCUGAGGCCGGAGACAAGCUGGAUCUAGUCAUAAGCCGGAACCCCCUGGCAAUGCCCAACAGCAUGCAGCAGGAGGAGAAUAGAGUGAUUCCCAGCUCACCCUCUGUAGGUCUGGAGAUGAGGGACAGCUCCCGGAUGCUCUGA